UAGCAAAAUCCAGCACAAGCCCUAAGCAAAAUCGUCGGAAUGUCCACGUGGCAGAUUUUCUCUCACGCCGGAUCAGAUUAUCGAUGGGAGGCUUCCGGUCCGGUGCUGCCGUCGAAACCCGAUGAUGACCUGAACGGAGCUCCGGUUGCUCCACUCCCUUCCAUGUCCGAUCUCCUUCUUCAAGCAUGUUCGAAACUUAUUGAAAACGACGGUGGAGUAGUAGAUAAAUACCCGAUGUUUAGAACCGGAUUGGGGAAAUCUGUGGCGUUGAAAGAAUCUUCAAUUGCAAAAGCGUUAUCUAUCCUUGGUGAAGAUGACGCUGCCUCUGCUGUUACACCAAGUAAAGUGAUUCCAACGGAAAAUGGCCUCGGUAACUCUCUUUUCCAAACGGGCUCCGGGAAAAAGGUUAACAUAUCUUCAGCUGGUCUGGUCAAAGCUAAGACACUGUUUGGACUGGAGCUCGAUAACGAACAUGAUAAGGAGCAUCCAAAUUUUGAUGGUUUUCAAAGUUCAAAGUGGUUACCUCCAACCAAUGAACCUUAUGCCUGCCAAAGGUUUUCUCAUUCAGAGAAGAAAGAAGGUUUGCAAAAUUAUGGGGUUAUGGAUUUUACAUCAGAAUCAAGGAACUUAUUAAACUCUAGUAAUGGUUUAUUAGGAGGUGAACGAGGCUGUGAAAAUGACUCAACUCCGAUGCAUUCCAAAAUGUUUGGUUCAGUUCCCAAGCCACCUCCAAUCAAGUUUCAUACUGCAGGUGGAAGGUCGUUAUUUGUUUCAAGUGAAGCAUUGAAGCGUGCAAGGAGUCUUCUUGGUGACCCAGAGCUAGGAGAUUUAUUUGGUAAAAUGGAUCAAGAGGUUCCUCCAUUUACAGUUUACAAGGAGGAAAAAUUUAAUGAUGCUUCAUCAAAUAAGGAAAACUGUUUUUUUACUUCCUUUCCCCAUCAAGGAACAAUGAAGAGUAAAGAUACAUCCAAGGAGUUCACAUCUCCACUGAAAUCAUCUUUAAAGCAAAUGAGAUCCAUAUUCAAUUCAGAAAAUUUAAGUUUUGGGAGUAAUCUGAUUGAAAAAUUUGAUGCAGUUGAAAGUUCUAGUGCUUGUGCAUCAGCCGGCAAUGUGCCUUCUCCACAAAAUGCUUCAGACUCAAUCAAUAGGAUUUCUGAGAAAAAAAAUUCAACUUACAGUUCUGGCUCACAGACUAAAUUGCCUGGAAAGUCAUUUGGUGGGCCAUUGGCUGAUAUUUCAAAUAGCAUUGAUACUCCUCAAACAAAUAGCAAGCAGAGGAGAAUUGGAAGAUCAAGUUUUGUUUCUCCAUUCAAGAGACCCCGCUGUUCCAAAAUUUCAUCUCCAUUGUAUAAAGACGCUUCCUUUAUAGGAAAUGUUUCUACUUCUUCAGACGAUCAUACAUGUUGCAAAAGAACAGUUUCUUCUAAAUAUCCUUUUCGAGUGCAAAGAGUAUAUGUAAAGGAAUAUUUUGCCGUGCCUCCAUCAGUCUGCAGCACGUUGAAGUCUUUCUCAGUCAAAGGAAAACAGAUCAAACCAGAGAAUGCUCAUGAGUAUUCAUUUAAGGAUGAAUCUGGCUUAACUCGAAUCGGGGCAGAAGCCUUUUAUGACAUGUUACAUUCUGGAGCUUCUAUGCAAUAUAUUUCUAAAGAGUGGGUUGUAAAUCAUUAUAAGUGGAUUGUUUGGAAACUUGCGUGCUAUGAGAGGUGCUAUCCUUCCAAAUGUGCUGCAAAAUUUUUGACAAUUCACAAUGUACUUGAGGAGUUAAAGUACAGAUAUGAGAGGGAAGUAAAUCAUGGUCAUCGUUCUGCAAUAAAGAAAAUACUUGAAGGAGAUUCUUCGCCUUCUUCAAUGUUGGUGCUAUGUGUUUCAAAAAUUCAAUCAAGUUCUGAACCUAAGAUGGAGACCAAUCUAGUGAUAACAAAUGGAGCUCAUAAUAGUGGUAAUGCAAAAGUGGAACUAACAGACGGGUGGUAUUCCAUGAAUGCUGUUUUGGAUGUAUUGCUCUCAAAGAAGCUUGCUGCUGGAAAAUUGUUCGUGGGACAGAAGCUGCGGAUCUGGGGAGCAGGAAUGUGUGGUUGGGUUGGGCCAGUUUCACCCCUUGAGGCAUCCAGUGAAAUUAAUUUAGUUUUGAACAUGAAUGGGACGUUUAGAGCUCAUUGGGCUGAUCGGCUUGGAUUUUGUAAAGUUUUUGGUUCUCCUCUGGCAUUUAGGUGUAUCAAGAGUGAUGGGGGUCCAGUCCCUUUGACUUUAGUUGGAGUCACUCGAAUAUACCCUGUUCUCUACAGGGAGAGGUUGAAAAAUGGGGGAUCAAUUGUCAGAUCUGAUAGGAUGGAGAGUAGAAUGGCGCAACAGCACAAUCAAAGGUGCUCAGUUCUUGUAGAUCAUGUUAUAUCUGAGUAUCAAAGACAGGUCAAUAGUUCUCUUCUCCUUAAUGACAGUGAGAGUGAAGGAGCGAAAAUCUUAAAAAUUCUUGAGACAUCUGCCGAGCCAGAAGUCCUUAUGGCAGAAAUGAGUCCCGAGCAACUUACUUCCUUUGCUACAUAUAAAUCAAAACUUGAGGCUACCAGACAGUUAGAGAUGGAGAAAUCAAUUGAGAAAGCUCUGGAGCAGGCUGGCUUAAAUGAUCGAGAUGUUGUCCCAUUCAUGAGGAUUAGAGUUGUUGGAUUAACUAACAGGAAUUAUCAUGGAAAGGGAAGAGCUAAAGAAGGAAUAAUAACCAUUUGGAAUCCAACAGAAAAGCAGGAAAGUGAGCUAGUUGAGGGGCAGGCAUAUGCCGUUUCUGGGCUUAUGCCAAUGAACUCAGAUUCAGAAAUCCUUUACUUACAAGCCCGAGGAUCUACCACCAAAUGGCAGCCUCUAUCUCCCCUGGAAAUGGAAAGCUUUGAGCCAUUUUUCUGCCCGCGGAAGCCGAUGAAAUUGUCAAAUUUAGGUGAAAUUUCUCUUUCCAGUGAGUUUGACAUUGCGGCAUAUGUUGUGUAUGUGGGAGAAGUCUACACAGCUUCUCAUCAGAAAAAACAGUGGGUGUUUGUGACAGAUGAUUCCAUUUCUGAUCCACAGUCAGGACUUUCAAAUUCUUUACUUGCUAUCAGCUUUUGCUCACCAUCCAUUGAUGAUGACUCAUUUGCACCAAUCAACUCUAACCUAGUACGAUCCAUGGUAGGCUUCUGCAACCUUAUUAAGAAACCAAAGGAUCAAAUGAAUCAUCUCUGGGUGGCAGAAGCAACAGAAAAUUCUUCAUAUCAUUUAAAUUUUAAUCCUUCAAUGUCUCACCUUAAAAGUGCUGGUGCUUCUGUUCAGGCAUGGGCAAAGACCUCUAACUCGAUUAUCAACGAACUCCGGAAAAAAGUUUCAUUUGUUAUUGGCAAUUGUGAAGGGUAGCUAGCAUGGGAAGGAGCUGAUUUGGAAUUUUAGAUCGACCAACACAAACAGUAAGCACCCUUGCAUAUCAAAUGGAUGCUUAGUCUUGGAUUGUUUGAUAUCAAAGAUGAGGUAGCUGUAUGUAUUAGUCGUCUCUUUUCAGGAUUAACAUUAAUUGCAGAAGGCUAGUGCUAGUUUCUUUCCUUUAUCUGUUGUGCUUUCUAGAAAUAUUGGAAACUGAUAUGA